GACAUGCUAUAAUGUGAGGUCUUGAUUUAAUGGAGGAAGAGAGAUCCAAGCAGAGCUGAACACUGCUAAGCCACACUGGUUUCUGUGGGAGAGAAGCAGCAGUUUGUGGGUGGGUGUCUUCAGUUCAGAGUAAGCCUCACACUGUUCAGUGAUUCUUAAGCAAUUCUGAAGCUGUUAUGCAGCCUUUUAUAAAACUGCCAAACUAGUAAGAAUGCAGCCAAAACCAACCCAAUGUUCUCCUGUUUGGAGAACUGACUUUGGCAUUUCUUAAGGAGAGGGAUGUGUUUAAUAUGGAUGGCAUUUUUGUGAUAACAUUCCCGAGAAGUUUUAUCUGCCUUCCCCAGCUUCCUCUGGUCAUGUUGGAUUUCAAUUCUGAUAGUUCCCCAAUUCAGCCACCAUUGAGCAUGCUGGUUGAGGAAUUACGGGAGAUGAGGUUCAGCUUAUCUGGAGGGCAUCAGUUUCAGAAAAGCUGAGUUAUAUGUCAGUUUUAUUUGUUUCUUCCUUUUUGAACUAGGCUAAAGGCAGGUUCCAAAAAGAAACCUAAAUACAAAAUGUCAGUAUGAAAAUUAAAGUCAAUAUAACUGCCAGCUGGAAUGUUCCAGUCAUUGUGCAGUAGGGUGUACCCAGACUAAAAUUUGUCCACCCCUUUGUUUGAAAUAGUCCUAGAGGCUUCUAAGUUUUUUAACUUGCCAUUUGAAAGUCUGCAGCUUUAUUUGUCAGCCUACCUGUGAAAUGAUGCCAUGAGAGCCUGGAAUCAUGUUUGUAAGAUUUUAGUCCUGUAUGCCCUUAUAUGUGGGAAUAACUCCCAGAUUUCCUUUUAAGUGAGCCUUCGUAGGACAUAGCUCUUUUCUCCAGCAAAAAUAUUGUGCUUAUGAAUGUGAUGCCUAAUGCAACCAGUCCCCACACAGAGCCCACUAGAUGUGUUGUGUCUCAGGCUGUCUGAUUGGUGAUGAGACUGUUCAACUGUUCCUGAAGUACCAGAUUCAAUGACACUGACUUUGAUGAGUCAGUUCAUCCUUUUCAGUUAAAGCAAGUAAUAACAAUGUUUUCUUGGAUUCUCUGCUUCAAUCUGUGGGUGAAACGUUACAUAUUUGGAAGUUUCUUACACAUUGGUCCUUUCCCCACAGUAUUCUGGUGGGUUCUCAUAGCAGUCACAUUUGAGAAGUACGGAAUCCCACCCAGUGCCUUCAGGAAGUGCUUGGGAACCCAAAGGCCACUGGCAAAGCUGUGUUCCUUUCUCUUUGCCUAGAGACGAAGCAGUGAGGGAGGCUUGGGCACUUGGAAGGAAUACUGUGUGCUGCUAGCAUUUAUGGUGCAUUCUGUAAGGGAGAGGUUAGCUUUUUCAGGGGCACGUUCCCUCCUACUCUUGUUCACAGGGUAGUUGUGCAAAAUAGGGCAGUUGAAUAGGAUUUGGUCUUCCCACAAUGUGAUAAUGGAGUGGAAUUAGUUUAACCCUAUGCAAGACUGGGUCUGAUUUGGGCUAAAUGUAACCUUGGAGUUAGUUAAAUGACUCAGUUAACCCCUUUUUGGUGUUCCCAUAGCACAUUAAACCCCACUUUGAUCUAAUUAAGAGUGUUGUGGGAACAGGUUGUAGAAAACAAGAAGUUAAGGGGAAAAAGAUAAUCUUAUCUUUGCAGUGUCCUGGGAAUUUUGUUUUGUUUGUUUCAUGUAUGAAAAAAAAGCAUCUUUUGUGUUGUGUACAAAAAUAGCCUGAGGUAGCACAGUUCAGGAUAAAUGCUGCCACGUGGUCCUGCUGUGUACUUAAAGUAACCUGAAGGUUUUGUUUUGUUCUGUUUUAAGGCUUUUGGUCACUUAUUUGGCUCUUCUUUGUUUGUCCAAUAUUAUGUUAAUCAAGUACAAACCCCUGCAACGUAUAAAAGCAGCCUGACAAGUGACCUGAUUUUUAAAUACACCAAACAUCCCUUCGUUAGAAUAAUUGAACCCUCCCUUUAAAGAAAUAGCCAUCAAAAAAUUCAGACUGAUUUUCAUACAAACAAUAUGAUUGACUAGAAGAAGAGUCACCUACGUUGUGCCAAAAGCGAAAAGCACUAUAACAGUAAGCUGCGAAGUACUUACUUUGUAAAUCCUGGUCCUCAUGAAUCCACAAAAAUUUGUGGAUGACCUUAAGCGGCCGCUGUCUCUUAUUCUUUGUUGGCUUGUUGUAAAGAUGAAAUAGGCAGCACUUUCCUCCUCCUUGGAUAGGAUGCAAAGAUAAUAGAUCAUCCAUAGCACUGUCAGUCCCUGUGACCAGUCCCUCCUAUUUAUCAUUGUCCUAUCCAAUACUGUGCAGGAGCUCAGUGUGUUGACCUUAUGAAUUCCUACAUAUGCCAAUGUCAAGCUGGCUUCACGGGAAGACACUGUGAUGAUAACAUGGACGACUGUGCUUCCUUUCCUUGCCUAAACGGAGGGACCUGCCAAGAUGGAGUCAACGACUAUUCUUGCACCUGCCCCCCCGGAUACAAUGGGAAGAACUGUAGCACUCCUGUCAGCAAAUGUGAACACGGUCCCUGCCACAAUGGGGCUACUUGCCAUGAAAGAAACAACCGUUACGUGUGUGAAUGCGCACGUGGGUACGGGGGCCUCAAUUGCCAGUUCUUGCUUCCCGAACCCCCUCAGGGGGCAGUUGUUGUUGACAUCACCGAGAAGUACGUAGAAGGUCAGAGUUCCCAGUUCCCUUGGAUUGCAGUCUGUGCUGGAAUUAUCUUGGUCCUUAUGCUCCUGCUGGGCUGUGCCGCCAUCGUUGUCUGUUUUCGUCUCAAAACACAAAAGCGGCAGCCUCAGCAAGAUGCCUGCAGGAGCGAAGUUGAGACCAUGAACAACCUGGCCAACUGUCAGCGAGAGAAGGACAUCUCCAUAAGUGUCAUUGGUGCCACCCAGAUUAAGAACACUAAUAAGAAAAUAGACUUCCACAGCGAAAACGCUGACAAAAAUGGCUACAAAGCCAGAUACCCGUCAGUGGAUUACAAUUUGGUCCAUGACCUCAAGCACGAGGAGACUGUCAAAGAGGAUCAUGGCAGAUGUGAAGCUAAGGGUGAAACGUAUGAUUUGGAAGCAGAAGAGAAAAGUACAGUACAGCCCAGAAGUGAAACAUCUGAAAGGAAACGGCCAGAAUCGGUAUAUUCCACUUCAAAAGACACAAAGUACCAGUCAGUGUAUGUCAUAUCAGAAGAGAAAGAUGAAUGCAUCAUAGCAACGGAGGUGUAAAAGAAAGAUGAUACGGCAAAACUAUUGUUUUGAACAAUUUUCAAAGGUGAUAUGCCCCAAUGAAUGCUGCUGAACAAGGAAAGGGAGAAAGAUUCCUUCACUGACUGCUGCUGAGAAACUAAAUUCAGGCUGAGCUGGUUCUCUACUGAAAUUAGCAAAAGGGACUGCAAAUAAUACAUGGUGGACACUAGGUCAGGCUCUGUGUUCAAAGAUACCUGUUGCACUGCCUUUUAUGAAGAUUUAUCAUUGCACUAUGGCCAGUUGCUUUUUUCCUAUAUGUAUUUA